AUAAAAUAUGUAUUUUAAGGCUCCAAGAUUUUAUAUUAAACAGCUGAGCAAUUAUAUUAAUUACAGCUUUGCAUUUAUUUUGGUACCGUUAGAAAAGGUUUAUUUACACUGCAGAGAUCUGGUAAUAAAGCACGCACAACUAUCAAUAAUAUAUACUAUGUAAAAAAUUGUAGUUUUUGAAGCGUUGAAUUAAAUUUUGGGUUGUUGUGAAUUGUCAUGUUAUAUUUUUUGCGUAUCGUUGUUGUUUUCUCUCUUUUGGGUAAUAAUGUCUACGGGAGAAGAUACGAAGAAGUUGACGUACUAAUUGUUGGUGCUGGUUACUCUGGACUGUCUGCUGCGCUCCACUUCCACCGCAGCAAUAUCACUAAUUUUGUUGUUUUGGAAGCAGAGGAUGACAUUUGUGGCCGGGUUAAGGAAAUUAAAUUCGCUGGUGUAACACUUCCAUAUGGAGCUGGUUGGAUUCAUCAUACAGAGAAGGAUCACAUAAUCCAAAGGCUUGCGUUAAAGUAUAAAUUGAAAACGAGAGUUGACGAUUACAGCUACAAAAACGUGCUCUUCAGAGAUGCUGCCAAUGGAUCUAUGUAUCCACAACAAAUGAUCAAAUCGAAGUUUGCUGACAUACACACAAAAAUGAGGACCAUGGAUACAAUAAUUGAGAACAGAAUCAAAAAUGGUCGCAGUGAUGUUGACUUGAAAACAGGUCUGAGAAUGGCGGGCUGGAAGAUAAAAUCCAACCUCGAAAGGGCUAUUGAAUAUUUUAUGUUUGACUUUGAAAACGGCAUCGAGCCUGACGUUAUAAGUGCAUCAGCAUACAGCUCGACAGGAACUGGAAAUGACAGCAUUGUUACAGACACGAGAGGAUACAGUUAUCCGAUCAGGCAAGAGAUUCUUCCAAUUAGAAAUAAAAUCGAAACUAAAACAGAAGUCAAGUCGAUCACAAGGGUUCCGAGAUUAAAGAACAAAUAUCGAGUUAUCACAGCCAACAACAAGAUCUAUCUUACGAAACAUGUCCUUAUCACUGUCAGCUCUGGUGUAUUACAAGCUGGAAACAUAAAGAUACAUCCGGCUUUGCCAAUUUGGAAAACGCAAGCACUUGACAUGGCUCCAAUGAGUCAUUACUGCAAAAUCAUCCUCAGAUUUUCGAAACAAUUCUGGGACUCAGAUGAGUUUAUUCUGUUAGCUACAAGCUCUCGUGGAAAAUACAGUCACUGGCAAAAUUUCAACAGGCCGAAUUUAGUUCCUGGCAAACAUAUUUUGCUUGGAACAUUGACAGGUGACUUUUGUCAUGACCAUCAAAAGAAGACAGAUGAGGAAGUUAAGAAAGAAAUUUAUAAAGUGCUAAAAAAUGUUUACCCCCAGGCUUCUAUGCCAAUAGAAAUGGUACGCAAUAAAUGGAGUUUAAAUCCACAUUUUAUGGGUGCAUAUUCCUAUCAAGUGACUGGCAUCACUGAAAGCGAUCAUGCAGCUCUAAAACACCCUGUGGAUCAAUCACUUUGGUUCGCAGGUGAAUAUGCUAAUGGGUGGUAUUUUGGUUACACACAUGGUGCCUUUGCAUCUGGAUGGAAGACUGCUGGUGAUAUUAUGAAAUGCAUGAAAGGGGUGUGCCCACCGCUAAAGCCUAUAAGUUGGUAAAACUGUAUUUUGUUGUUUUGGUGAUGAUCUCAAUGUAAAUGUAAAUCUUCUUUAUUAUGGAAAACAGUACCCAUAA